GUAAUGCACAGCAGAUUUAAUUAUUGCAAUUUGUCAUUUAAACAGUCUGAAACCUGGAGACAGAUGCGGACUGUUUGACAGCAGAGGUCAUGUUGUGUGAGGUAAAGUGUGCGUGUGUGUGUGUGUGUGUGUGUGUGUGUGUGUGUGUGUGUGUGUGUGUGUGUGUGUGUGUGUGUGUGUGCGUGCGCAUUCGGGGCCCGGGGCCAGAGCCGUUCAUCAGCAUGUUUGUACUCUGAGAGCAGCUCUGAAGGACCGAGAGCAGAUCGGAGGUUAUGAGGAGAUUUUUCAGAGUGGACAGAGAUGAAGAUUACGGUCAGAUUCAGUAUCUCACGGCCAAAUGCAUCCGACUCUCUCAGGAGAAAGCAGUGCUCCAGCGAGAGCUGCUGGUGUCUGGGGAGCGUCAGCAGGUUCUUCAGGCAGAGAUGGAGACUCUGUCGAUGUGUGUGUGUCAGAAAGAGCAGCUCUAUGUGGAGCUUAACAUCAAAUAUGAACAACUGCUGGAACGAUUUCAGAAGCAGCAGGAGCAGGCUGAUCUCCUGCAGCAGCGUCUGAUCUCUGUGACGGAGGAGCGCUGGAGAGACUCCUCUCUGCUCUGUCUUCAGCUGGAGCAGGUGAGCUGUGGUUUACAGCAGCUGCAGGGCUCAGAGACGCAGCUCGGGGGCCUCGUGGACGAGCUGCACCAGGAGGCCCAGCUCAGAGCUCAGCAGGCUGAGGUCCUGGAGGCGCAGCUCCGCGAGGAGACUCAGAAAAUAGAAGACCUAGAGAUGAAGCUAAACAGUAAAUCGCUGGAGCUGAUGGAGCUCCAGAUGUCCCAUGAAGCCCUUCGGCAGGAUCUGCGCGAUCAGCACAGCGCCCACCAGAGGACGGCGGAGGAACUGCGGCGCCAGAAUUCGGAGAGUCUCGGCAAACUCCGUCAAACGGCCGAAGAGUUCGAGUGGCUCUGCGAGCAGCAGCGGAAGUGGAUGAGCUGCGUCAAGAGGUUUAAGGACUGUCUAUCAGGUGAGAAGGAGUCCCUGGAGCUGCAGGUGAACAGGUUACAGGUGGAGCUGGAUACUGUGAGGAAUACUGAGAGCUCCAGUCGUUCCACAGAUCCCUGCAGAAGGUGGAGCGCUGAGCUCCAGGAUGAAGCGGACCGAUGGAGAAGACUGUAUGAAGACCAGCUCAAACUCACCGCACAGCAGGACCUGGGGCCAGCGGAUGGGCAUCUCAAACCACCGUGAGACCGGAGCUUCACAGCGGACCCAUGAAAACCCCUAAACCCUUAGUUAUGUUGAAAUCACCGUUUAUGAAAGAAGAGAGCUGUUCUCUGGUGCUCCAGGGUCACCAGAAUCACAAUAAAGGCUAUGCAGUUGAUUUUAUUGAUAUGCAAUCUCUAGAGAAGCACGUCGAAUCGGUUGAAUUUGCUUUGAGCUGCGUGUUGUUGAGGUUUGGACACUAGAUGGUGAUGUUCUCCCGCUGACCAUCAAGGCAUUUCCCGACUGAAAGCGGCGAGGUAUUUGACUUCUGGACUCCUGCAGAGCUGGAGCAGAAGACGUGACGGUCCUCGGAUCCACCUGGACUCUGUCUGACCCCAGAAACGUGUUUCUCAGUGAUCCUCGGAGCCCAGACUGCUGUGAUGUGAGCCGUGCCGAGCGUCUGCUGUCUUCCUGCUCUUUACCUUCUGACUUUAUAUCUCCAACAUCUAGUCCUCUGCUAUUCCUCACACAUGGCAGACAAUAUAUAUAUCUUAUAUAUCUUUAAUAUGUAAUGGAGAGAUCAUGAUAAUACAAAAUAUGUUUAUAUUACAUAUUUGAUGUAUACGUGUAUGUAUAUACAUUUAUUGUCAAAUAAUGUUACUACUUUAAUUAGUGGAUUGUACCCAAAGAUUAAUCUUUUUUUCACGUGUCUCAUUUAUUGUAAAAAAUAACCCACUAUUUUUUUUAAAGACAAUUUAGCCCUUUCUAAUUAUGUCCCCAUUUUUUUGUAUACAUAUUUGUAUUUGCAAGUAGCACAAAACUCACCAUCAUUCGAUUUGUUUUUGUAGAAGAUUAUGCAAAUGACUCGUAUCACAGACUUAUGUUUUAUAAAGUAUAAUGUUAAGAUUGAUUUUGUAUCACCCUCAAAUGAUUAUUUUGAACACGCAUGAUCCCACUUAUGGCUUCUAGUAUCAAAUA